AAUUCACAGCAAUCCUUUCACCCAGGCAUGAACAUUUUUUGGGGUUGAGUUGUGUGUCUAAGAAGGGGAACUAGAGAAAUAAACUAAAUGAUACAUUUACUUUGGAAAGUAAUGGAAUGGGUUAAUGGUGGAAAUAUACAGACAACUUUUUAAAAAAUAAAUGUAUAACUUCAAAAUUAACCAGGAGAGGUGGUGUUUGUGUAAUGUACAAUUCAGUCUUUUAGACAUAAGAACUUAAGCUCUCAUCCCUCACCUGGAAGCCUCUGAGUUUCCCUUUUACCACCUCAUUCACUGCUAGAGGUCCCUAGCCUACUAAUCUGCCCAGUCAUAGGCUUUUCUUGAGUCCUUAUCAGCUUUCCUCAGUGGGUCAAUGUUGUGAAGACUAAUGGAGCCUGGCAGAGUUCCUGCUCCUUGCCCUCUGAUAUCAAAGGGUAGCAGGGCCUGUGACAGAAGACAAACAUUCGGACAUCCAACCGGAGCCCAGAGUGGAACUGAAACAGCAAGAGGGAAAAAAGCAAGAGCAUCAGGGGCACUGCCGAGAUGGAAUGGCCCAAAUCUGAUGAGGAAGUACUUUAUCCUGAGAUCGUUGUUAAAGUGGGCACAGUCACUCUUGGAGAAGAAAACAGGAAGACAAUGACCAAUAUCUGUUUGAAAAAAAUUGAGAAUUCUAAUAUCAUCAAAGCUACAUGUGCACUGCUAAAUUCUGGAGGGGGCAUAAUCAAAGCAGAGAUCCUUGAUAGGAACUAUAGUUACAGAAGCCAUGGGCUGGGACAAGAUCUGGAAACAUCUUUUCAAAAACUCCUUCCUUCAGGAUCACAGAAAUAUCUUGAUUACAUGCAGCAAGGGCACAACCUCUUGAUUUUUGUCAAGGCGUGGAACCCAGAGGUUUGUAGCGUCCCACUAAGGAUUUGUAGUUUGCGCUCCAACUUAUAUCAAAGAGCUGUGACUUCUGCUAUCAACUUGAGUGCUAUCAGUGCUUUGGAGCUUCUGCGGGAGAAGCAGUCUAGAGCCCAAAGAGGGAGGCAGAGAGUGAAGGAACUGUAUCCUCAGGAAGUUCUUGACAGGUACAUUCAAGAAGAAAAAGAUAUGAGGAUAGGUGCCGCAGAACUGUUUAAAAAGGACAGACUCAUGUAUAAGGAGAAGCUCAACUUUACUGAGUCAACCCAUGUUGAAUUGAAAAGGUUCACCACCAAAAAGAUUGUCCCUCGUAUUAAAGAGAUGCUGCCUCAUUAUGUCUCUGCAUUUGCCAACACUCAGGGGGGAUACAUAAUUAUUGGCGUCGAUGAUAAAAGCAAAGAAGUGUUUGGCUGUAAGAGAGAAAAAGUGGAUCCUGACUCAUUAAAAAAUGAAAUAGAAAGCUGCAUAAAAAAAUUGCCUACAUACCAUUUCUGCUGUGAGAAGCCAAAGGUGAAUUUCACCACCAAAAUUUUGAAUGUGUACCAAAGAGAUGUCCUGUAUGGUUAUGUCUGUAUGGUUCAAGUGAAGCCCUUCUGCUGUGUAGUAUUCACGGGAGAACCGGAUUCCUGGAUCAUGAGGAACAAUUCGAUCACAAAGCUGACAACUGAGCGCUGGGUGCGCCUGAUGUUGGGCGUCCAGCCAGCUCCUCCCUAUUUGGCCACAGAAUACUGCUUUCCCCUGAGUUCACCAGCUUCAUCUGCGCAAAGAAGCCCAUCAUAUCCCACAAAGGUCCUGGAAUUAAAGAGAACUCUUCAACAAAGCUUGUUUCCAGUGACUCGGGAAGAAAUACAGUUUAAACCCGAAUCCUUCUGUCAGAAGCUAUUCUCAGAUCACAGAGGACUGAAGGAAUUAAUGAAGAUGCACAUAUAUCCUUGUUCUCAGGGCAUUGUGAUCUUUUCUAAAAGCUGGGCAAAAGAUAUUGGCUUACAGAAAGAGCAGAAUGUUUUGUGUGAUGCUCUCCUAAUAGCCAUUAAUAGCCCUCUGGUGCUCUACACAAUCAUAAGAGACCCUACUUGGAACGGAGGGUUUGAAUAUGCACGAAAUACAGCUCAUCAGUUAAAGCAGAAACUGGGUACUGCUGGUGGCUACACGGGGAAAGUUUGUGUCAUUCCUAGCUUGAUACACCUGUCCAGCAUAGGGCACAGGCCCAGUGAAAUACCAGUGCGUUAUCCCCAGUCCUACAGGCUUUCUACUGAGGAGGAAAUGGAAGACUUGUUGCAAGCUCUUAUAGUGGUCUCUAUGAGCUCUUGCUCUCUCUUAAGUGAUCAGUUGGGUAGUGAAUUACUCAACUUGCUCAUCGAGGAGCAGUGUGAGCUGCUUUCGGAGAGCCUUCAGGACACACGAGAAUUGCUCAUCUAUUGCUUUCCGGGAAUCAGGAAGACAGCCCUAGCCAUAAAGAUCAUCAAGAAAAUUAAGGAUUUAUUUCACUGCAAACCAAAAGAGAUCCUCUAUGUUUGUGAAAAUGACUCCUUAAAGGAUUAUGUGAUGGAACAAAAAACCUGCCAGGCUGUGACCCGGAGAAACUUUAUGCGAGGGGAGUUCCUAAAGAUAAAGCACAUUGUGAUGGAUGAGACUGAGAAUUUCUGCAGCACCUAUGGCGAUUGGUACACGAAGGCUAGAAGCAUCACCCACCCCAACGUGAGGGGGGCUGGAAGUGAGAACCCUCACCAUGGGAUUCUCUGGCUUUUUCUGGAUCCUUUCCAAGUCCGUCGUGCAGAUGUCAAUGGUCUCCCCCCUCCAUCAGCUGAGUUUCCUCGAAAAAUAAUCACUGAUGGGGUCCACUGUGCCCUGGAAAUAGCGAUGGUCAUGAAAGAAGAAAUGGUGAGGAUCAAAAACAAUCCUCCCUCCAACCUGCCUCCAGUCGUGCUGGCAUUGUUCAGACAAGCUGCCUACGAGAAGAUGAUGUGUGCACAGGCUCCACGGGGGGUGUGUGAAGCACGGGCCAAUCUGACCAAAGAACAAAUGGCAGAACAUGUGACCAAAAUAUGUCAUGACCUGUUCCAACAGGGCUACCUGCCCCAAGAUGUUGCAAUUCUGUGCAGGCGACGAGAGGACAGAAGACGCUAUGAGGCUGCACUGCUAAGAGCAAUGGAAUUAAUUGAGAUUCCCGGAGCAACAGAAGUCAUCUUUAACCAGGCUGCUGGUGUUUGGGGCCCUCACAUUGUUUUAGACAGUCUCCAGCAGUUUUCAGGCCUGGAGAGGAAUAUUGUGUUUGGGCUUAGUCCAGACUGUACCCUGUCGGAGGAACUUCAUAAGCUCCAGUUUGCCUCAAGAGCCAUCAAACAUCUUUACUUGCUUUAUGAGAAAAAGACGGGUUUCUGAAAAUUAUUUUAAAUGACCCAGAAGGCCGGAAGGAGGCAAGCCCUUUAUCUCAGGCAGUUGGUAGCUACUCCUUUUCACAUAUUACGAGUGAGAAAAUCAUGGUAUGGUCAGUAUGGACACAGGAAUUAUCCAGUGUGUGUGUGUCGGGGGGAGACAAGGAGCACACAUUUGUAGUGUUCAUGUAAUUUCUCCAGGUCCCUGCAAUUCUUCCCUAUACAACUGCAACAUUCUCAGGGCCAGAGUGGUAGUUCAGUGGGUAGAGUGUUUGCCUUGAAUGCAAUCGAUCUGGGUUUGAUCCCCAGCAUUCCAUAUGAUCCCCGGAACACUACCUGGAGUAAUUCCUGAGUGCAGAGUCAGGAGUAACCCCUGAGCAUUGCUUCUAUGACUCCCUCAACCCUACCCAGUUUGCAAUACUCUUAUAAUUGGUUUCCUACCUCUGGUUGUCCUGAUCCAAUUCAGCUUUCAUACUGACCGCUAAGGAGGGUCUCCUCAGAUGGAGAACUAAUUUUGUGACGUCCCUUGCUAAUCUAUCUUUAGUAAGUCUGUGCAAUCUUCAAUCCAAACCAGUUUUCAAGGUAUCCCACAAUAUACAACUUACUCCCUAGUGUGUCCAUUACAACACUUCCUUCUUCCUGUCAUGAGGCACCCUAGCCAUGCUGGCCUAUUUUUGGCAAUUUCAGGGAUCCAGUAUCUUGGUGACACCUUGGUUAACAACUCACACUGGCUAGGACGAGCAAGCUUUAUAGGGCCAGAACUGGAUCUCCUCUUUGCAUUAAGAACAGAUCAGACCCUGAAUCUUUAAGCUAAUCAAACUAAGAAAAGAUUCAAGUAUAAACAAAAAUGUCACUUUGCUCCUUUACAAUGAGGACAGCUGUAAUAAGAGGGUCAGAUGUUCUUGCUAAUCAGUACUUUCAAUAGUAACAGAGGAAGCCAAAUUAUUUAAGUGUAGCUUUUCAGUAAGAGAAUUUGGGAAUAUGAUUCAAAUGUAAUAUUUAUUUUUAUUUAUUUAUUUUAAUCUAUUUAUUAUUUUAAUGGAAUCAGUGAGAUAAUGGAAUACUAAAUUUAUUAUUUUAAUAAAUCACAGUGAGCAUUACAAAAUUGUACACGAUUGCAUUUCAGUAGUACAAUAUUCCAACACCCAUCCCUCCACUAGUGUAAUUUUCCAGCACUAGUGUCCCCCAAUUUCCCUUUCACCCCUUCAAGCCACCACCCACUCCAGCCUGCUUCUAUAGCAGGCACCUCUUUUCUCUCUCUCUUUCUCUCAUCAAAUGUAAUCUUUAGACUAUGUUAAACUAUUGAAAUUAUCGACAGGGAUGUUUCCACCAUAAAGGCCAGACAGGUAGCUUUGCAAAAGAAAGUAAAUUUAUUUAUUUAUUUAUUGGACUUUGGGCCACACCUGGUGAUACCUGAUGGCUACUCUUAGCAGUGCCAAGGACCAUGCAGGUCAUUGGACCCAAGCCUUCCAAGCAUGAGCACUAGCCCUUUGAGACAUUACUUAGUCCAGAAAAUAAACUGAUAAUGCUAAGGAUGAUGAGUUGUUUCAUUUCUUCUGCAUCAUCAAAAUCUUUUAAUUUCGUCUUCAUUUCUGAAGUCUCCAGGUUGACCCCCAACCAAUCCUUAACUCUCCCUAAUACAUACUGUGUUUACCUUCAUUCUCCCUAAAUUACGACAUUCAUCUAAGUUAGAAACUGAUUACGGUCUGCUGCUGGCCUGGGAAUUACUAUGUCAAUAAGGGACGUUAGAUGUCCCUGGCAUCCCCCAUCUUGAUUGGAUGCUAAUUUUGCAAUCCAGUUCUGAGACUUUACAGAGAGCAUAGAUGACAGUCCACUGCUUGCACCUCCUGACUACAUUCCUGGCUGCUGACUGUGUCUGUACCCUUUCUCAACCUUCAGCUGCUUUUUCUUUCUUUAUCGGAGUUGAAUUUUAUUAUUUUUUUACAAAGUUGUUCGUGAUGAUUUUUGUAGACAUUCAAUACACCAACACCAACUCCACCACCAUUGUACCUUCCCAUGACCAUUAUCUCCAAUUUUCCCAACCAUCCCUUAAGCCUGCCCUCAUAGCAGGCCCUCCCUAAUUUAUUUUAUAUUGCUUAUUAUAAGUAGUUUGCUAAAAGAGUGAUCAAAAAUGUUUCCUUAUAAGCAAUUAGUGAAGAUUAUUGUUUCUCACCAUGUAGCCAUUAAGCCCUUGUAUAAAAGAUUACUAAGAUACUGUUACAGGUUUAACCUACCAUAUUUUGGGGCUGGAGUGAUAGCACAGCGGGUAGGGCAUUUGCGUUGCACGCAGCCGACCCAGGUUCGAUUCCCAGCAUCCCAUAUGGUCCCCUGAGCACCGGCAGGAGUAAUUCCUGAGUGCAGAGCCAGGAGUAACCCCUGUGCAUCGCUGGGUAUGGCCCAAAAAGAAAAAAAAACCUACCAUAUUUAAAUUUCUGAUGCCUUCUACAUUACAAUCUGGUGUCAGCACCUUUUAUGUCCCCUCUAUUGAGUAAAAUUCUUGUCAAUUAAGUACCUGUUCAGAUGCUCAUCUUAUCUAUUAAACAUUCAUCUCCCACCAAUAAAACUUGGUUUCUCCUUUUUUCAGCCAUUCUUUGGUUAAACUGUGGGAAAAAAAAGAACUGUAGAACUUUGGUCAGAAGGCCCAGGAGCCACUUUAGCAAUACUUGGCCAACUUGGCAAGGCAGUUCCAUGCUAGUAUCCAACAUUAUGAGGCUUUGCUUGACCCUGUAGGGCCAGAGACUCCGGAACCAUCCUGGCAGUGCUUGGGGAUCUCCAGGGCUAUGCCUGGUGAUGCUUUGGGGAGCACGUAGUGUUGGGGUUCACACUCUGGUCCUGGGGAUUUUUUACAUGCAAAACAUGUGUCCCAGGGCUGGAGCAAUAGCACAGCGGGUAGGGCAUUUGCCUUGCAUGUAGUCGACCCGGGUUCAAUUCCCAGCAUCACAAAUGAUCCCCUGAGCACCACCAGGGGUAAUUCCUGAAUGCAGAGCCAGGAGUAACCACUGUGCAUUGCCGGGUGUGACCUAAAAAGCAAAAACCAAAACAAAACAAAACAUGUGUCCCAAACCUCUGAGCUAUCUCAUAGGUCCCUACUUUUUUUUUAUAUUUCAAUUUUUAUUUUAGGCACCAUGGUUUACAAAAUAUUAGUAGGAUUUCAUACAUAAACUAGUCUAGCACCACAGUCUCCAUCAUGCAGGUGUCUGCUUCCUUCCACCAUUGUCACAGGGUCCAUCACCCACCUUCCCCACUCCGUGGUAAGCUUCCUACUAAAGACAAAAUAAAAAGUUUCUAUCACACACACAAAAAUUUUUUAAAUUUAAUUUUGCUUUUUGGGUCAUGCCUGGCAACGCUCAGGGGUUACUACUGGCUCUGCACUCAGGAAUUACUCCUGGCGGUGCUCUAGAGAUCAUAUGGGAUGCUGGGGAUCCAACAAAGGUCAGUUGCAUGCAAGGCUAAUGCCCUACUCACUGUACUAUUGCUCCGACCCCUAAAUUAAAAACUUUUUAAAAACCAAUAAAAUAAAAGUUCCUAUCACAAACAACACAGAAGCUGACUGUCAAAACAAGAAAUCCUUGGUGAAUGGUGACUUUAAGACAUCCCAGGGGCCCUUCUGGGUUUUUCUCACUGGUCAUUAUAAAAUGUGACUUGUUGGGGCUGGAGCCAUAGCACAGAGUAUAGGGCAUUUGCCUUGCAUGUGGCCAACCUGAGUUCAAUUCCCAGCAUCCCAUAUGGUCCCCCUGAGCACCGCCAGGAGUAAUUUCAGAGUGCAGAGCCAAGAGUAACCCCUGUGCAUCGCCGGGUGUGACCCAAAAAGAAAAAAAAUUAUUGAAAAAAAAAAGAAUACAAUAAAAAAUCCAAAGGGCUAGAGAGACAAUACAGUGAAUAAGGCACUUGCCUUCUAGGUGGCAUACUUGGGUUCAAUCCCCAGAAUCCCAGAGGGUCCCCUAAGCCUGCCAGGAGUAAUUCUUGAGGUCAGAACUAGAAGUAACCCCUGAGCACCGUUGGGUGUGGCCCAAAACAUGUACAACAAUAUAGUUUAUAGAGACUACUAGAAAACUUAAAUGAGAAAAUCAUUGAACUGCAUGGAUUAAUUCCCUCUCUGACUCUAAUAUUGCUCUUUUCCCUUGUGGCAUAAAAUAUUUCAGAGUUAUCAUACAAAUAAUUCCUCCUACUCUUUUAUCUUCCUUUCCUGUUCCACUCCUCAUAUUGUAAUCCUUAAUAAAUAAGCUUGGGCCCAGAAUAUGGCUCAAUACGAAGGCAUAAAUCUCAUGUCGUAUACAUCCUGUGUUUGCUUUCCUACAAAAAAAAUUAAAAGAAUCAUAAACCUGUGUGCUUCCAAGCAGAUUUUCUUCAUAGACUAUGUGAAGAAAAGUUUAAAGGGUUCUUUUGGAUAAAUAACUUCUUUCCUGAUAGUAGCCCUUCACCCUCCUAGUUGAAUUUCCACUGAGAGACACAAAACCUGACAUCUCCCCACCCCCUUGAGGUCAAUAGCUAUCAAGUGACAUGAGUAUUCUAACUUAAUUUCUUUGAAGAAUCUAAGCUUAAGGGCCUGAGCGUUAGUACAGUGAAUAGGGCACUUGCCUUGCAUGCAGCCGGAGUUCAAUCCCUGGCACCCCACGUCAUUCCCCAAAUACCUCCAGGAGUGACCACGGGCAUAGAGGCAGAAAUAGUGCCUCGUCACAGCCACGUGUGGUCCAAAGGUCAAAAGAGGCAAGCAAAUAAACGUUCGAUUCGUGAAUCGAAACUUUACAAAGUUUUGCUGUUCUUAAAACGAAGCUUCACUUUUCCAGAAGAUAGCAGUCAGACUGGGCUUCCUCCUUUUUUCCCGGGGCAUGCGGGGGAGACUAAGCUCUGAGCACCAUUUCUUCCCUGUGAGGAUGACCCCGACCUUAGACUGCAGAUACCCCGCCUGUGGAUACCCCAACUGCAGAUACCUGAGCCGGCUGCGGGGGCGUUUUCUCAAAGAGAAAAAGAAGUGAAAAGAGACUGUGAGUCCCUGCUGGUCAGACCUCUUCAACAGGAAAAAUGAUCCGAAAAAGAGCAGGAACUGACAAGAACCCUUCCCCUUCUCUUCCCUCACCCCCACCACCACCUUCCCUCUUCCCCCACCCCCAA